CAAUACUCCCGAAAAGCAUCUCUAGAGUCCACCAAAAACGAAACUCAUUCUCCGUAGUUUUUGCAAACAAAGUAAAGCAAUAGUUAAAAAUGGCUUCGGUGGAAACACUAUACAAGGAACUGACCGCCGAGUGGUCCAAGCGUCCGCCCAACACCAAGAAAUGCGGCCAGCUGCUGGACCAACUGAAAAUAGCCCUAGUCAAGAUGGCCUUCCUACCGACAGACGGCAACGAUGCCCAGAACUCGAAGAAGCAACUGCUGUUGGCUCGCUGCGUGCUGGAAAUCGCCGUGGAACACAGCGUGUUGAGCAAGGAUCUGCAGGCCUUUGAGCGCUACAUGUCGCAGCUGAAGUGCUACUACUACGACUAUGCCAAGAUCAUUGGCGAAUCGGACAACAAGUACAAACUAUUGGGGCUCAACUUGCUGUACCUGCUGUCCGGCAAUCGGGUCUCCGAUUUCCACACCGAGCUCGAGCUGCUGUCGGUGGACAUCAUUCAGCACAACCAGUACAUUCGACCCAUCCUGGCCCUCGAGCAGUACAUUAUGGAGGGCAGGUACAAUAAGAUUUUCCAGGCCAAGUCCUCGAUGCCCGCUGAAGUCUACAACUACUUCAUGGACCUUCUGGUGGAGACGGUGCGCGACGAAAUUGGCGCCUGCAUUGAAAAGUCGUACGAGAAGAUAUCCGCCAAGGACGCAGCCAAGCGACUGAAUCUGCGUGUUCCGGAUGAGAUCAAAGUGUUUGGCGAAAAACGCCAGUGGAAACUGGAGGGCAAUGGAAACUAUAGCUUCACAGACCGCAGCAUAAAGCCAAAAGAGGCCCUGCCCUCCGAGGAGCUGGCUGAGCAGGUGCUCAGCUAUGCCCGGGAUCUGGAGAUGAUAGUUUAAGGGACCUAAAAAAGUUGUAAUAUUUUAAAAAAUGCAUCAAUAAAGUAACAUUUAAUCUA